GUGUGUGUGUGUGUGUGUGUGUGUGUGUGUCUCAGGUUUCAGCCUCGGUGUGUUAGUUUGUGUUUUUCUCGGUGGAGUGAAGUUGGGAGUCGGAGCUGGAGCUGUGGGAUUGUUCUGACCCGCACUGGAAUACUGGGACACACACACACACACACACACACACACACACACACACACACACACACACACACACACACACACACACACACACAACGCGCGCGGAUACACGAGGAUUUACGCGCGUGGACACGGAACACACACGGAUUCAGAUGAGGUAACACCCCUUGGUGUGCACUCAGCAGAGGGAGAUGUGGUGUGUAAUGUUCCCCUGUCUGCUGCUGCUUCUGUCAGGACAAACCAACGCUGUCAGUUUCCCUGAGGACUCUGUACCAUUGGACAUCGUGGACAGACAUUAUUCACGACAGUAUCCAGUUUUCCGAGGUCGGCCAUCCGGUAAUGAAUCCCAACAUCGACUGGACUUUCAGCUGAUGACCAGGAUCCAGGACACACUGUUCAUCACCGGCAGGGACCAGGUGUACUUGGUGAGUCUGAGAGAGUCGUACAGAAAUGACAUCACUCCCUACAGGAAGCUGACAUGGAGGUCGAGUCAGGCGGACCGAGAGACGUGUGCCCUGAAGGGCAAACACAGGGACGAGUGCCAUAACUUUAUUAAAGUUUUGGUUCCCAGAAAUGAUGAUCUCAUCUUUAUCUGUGGCACAAAUGGCUUCAACCCCGUUUGCCGUUACUACAGGCUGGAUAAUCUGGAGUUUGAUGGAGAGGAAAUCAGCGGUUUGGCUCGGUGUCCCUUUGAUGCUAAACAAACUAAUGUAGCGCUCUUCUCAGAUGGGAAGUUGUACUCAGCUACAGUAGCUGAUUUCCUGGCGAGUGAUGCAGUGAUAUAUCGCAGUUUGGGAGACGGCUUUGCUCUGAGGACCAUCAAAUAUGACUCCAAAUGGCUGAAGGAGCCCCACUUUCUGCAUGCAGUGGAUUAUGGGAACUAUGUUUACUUUUUCUUCAGAGAGAUUGCAGCAGAACACAAUAACCUGGGGAGGACAGUGUACUCCCGUGUGGCUCGGGUGUGUAAGAACGAUGUGGGCGGUUCUCAGCGUGUUCUGGAGAAACACUGGACAUCGUUUGUGAAAGCGAGACUGAACUGUUCUGUUCCUGGUGAAUCCUUCUUUUACUUCGACGUCCUACAGUCGCUCACUGACAUUGUUAACAUCAACGGGGUUCCAUCUGUGGUGGGCGUGUUCACUACUCAACUCAACAGUAUUCCAGGCUCAGCAGUGUGUGCGUACUCCAUGCCGGAUAUAGAGAAGGUGUUUGAGGGACGUUUUAAAGAGCAGAAAUCCCCAGACUCUGUGUGGACUCCUGUUCCUGACGACAGACUGCCGAGACCUCGGCCAGGAUGCUGUGCUGGUCACGGAUCAGCAGAAUCUUAUAAAAGCUCUGUCGAGCUUCCAGAUGAAACGCUGCAGUUUAUAAAGUUACACCCACUGAUGGAUGCUGCCGUGCCCUCCAUCCGAGAUGAGCCCUGGGUCACCAAGACCAGAGUCAGGUACCGGUUGACUGCUGUAGCAGUUGAUAAUGCAGCAGGUCCCUACAGGAACCACACGGUGGUGUUUAUUGGCUCGGAGGCAGGUGUGGUGCUGAAGGUCCUGGUGAAAAGCGCAGUGUUAAACGAGAGCGUGGUGCUGGAGGAGAUGGACGUCUUUAACCAAGCCAAGUGUCUGUCUAACAGUGAGGACGACAGACAUGUCCUGUCCUUCCACAUGGACAGAGAGACACACACUCUGUACGUGGCUUUCUCCAGCUGUGUGGUGAGGAUCCCACUGAGCCGCUGUGAGAGACACCAACACUGUCACAAGUCAUGUAUUGCAUCCAGAGAUCCUUACUGUGGUUGGAUGUCACAUGGAGCUUGUGAGAGAAUUCCAGCAGGAGUGGACAGUGGGUUUGAGCAGGAUGUGGAGUUCGGGGACACGGGGCAUCUUGGUGACUGUCACGAGUUUUUGACUCCCGCUUCAGCGCCAGGUUUCAAAUCUUAUGGCGACGCAACUGCUGUGGAACAGGAAAAGCCGAUGCUGUCAGUCACGCUGUCCUCAGAACCUAAACAUUCCCCACACACUCCUCCCUCUCUUCAUCCUCAACUCCGCGACACGCCGAAAUCUGUUCUCCAUGACGAUUCGGAAACUUCCAGAACAUUUGAUUCGGUGAUGGAGGGGAUUUGGGAGAUCCAGUCAGGUGAAUCUAACCAGUUGGUGCACAUGAACAUCCUGAUUGCGUGCGUUCUCGCUGCCUUCCUCUUGGGGGCGUUCAUCGCUGGUGCUGUGGUCUACUGCUACCGAGACAUCUUCCUGCACAAGAAGACACGCAAAAUCCACAAAGUGUCACGUAGUAAAGAUGAGGAAUCCACAGUGUCACGCACAGACUCCACCGGGAGCUUCACCAAGCUGGACGGCCUCUUCGAAAGUCCGGUGAAGGAAUUUCCCAGCGCCAUGGAGGAGGCAAGGAUCUACUUCAGUGGAGACAAAGAAGAAAAAAGCCCAGAAUCCAAAUCCGUCAGCAGGCAAAAUCCAGAGCUGGCGGCGUUGCCAACACCCGAAUCGACGCCGGUGCUCCACCAAAAGGGGCUACAGCCAAACAAGAACCAGUGGGAAAGAGGACAAGGAAAAUGUGUGUCUCAGAAAGAAGCUCCACCCAAAAGUCCUCAAAAUCCAAACAUCCCGAGUGCCGUCGUUCUUCCAAACGCCACGCACGAGAGAAGCAUCCAGAGCAGCGACUCUGGCAGUGUGACGUCAGUGCAUAAAGAACAGAGCCGUUCUGUGGAUGCUAGAAACACCCUUAACGAACUUCUGAAGCAUCUUAACGAGGCUAAUGAGGCAGAGACGAUAAAUGCAGAUGCUAAAACCGUAGUGAACGAAACGACUCGUCCGCGCUCACACCUGAUGCUCGAGCCCCUGUGUAACUUAGCAGAAAUCCCACCUAAGAUCCCGAGUCGUGGUGCAUCGCUUUAUUCCCCGACAUCCUCUUAUUCGACUUCAUCCUAUUCGCCGUCAUCCUCGUUAACCAGACACAGUCCCACCAAGCGUGUGGACGUCCCAUCUGUGCCCUCGUCACCUACGGGGCAUGUGGGGACUCUCGACAGGCAGCGUUUUCACCGUGUCGGCUCCACCCAUCGCCAUGCCGGAUCGUCCAGUGCCAUGUUGACACGCCACUCUAGCUUCAACCGAGGUGCACUGGCUCCGCCCACACCGCCCUCCAGGAUGGACUCGCAAGGCAUGUCGAGGCAACACAGCUACAGCGGGUACGGAUCACUUCCCCGGACUUUUGUUAAACGAACCGUGUCGUUAAAGCCAGACGUUCCACCCAAACCCGGAGGAUUCGUACCGCAAACGAGGCCCGUGAACAAAUAUAGCUACUGAGCCGAGGAUCCAUCACACACUCCGGAGACAAGGAGGACAGUAAAAGAAGCAUGGCUACUGAACAGAGCAGGAAUCAAACGUAGUAAAGGCAGGAAUAUGGCUGUUACUACAUAAAGGAGUAAAAUGACAAUAUAUUGGGGGCGGGGUUUGAGGAACUUUGGUCUGUGAGGCUUCAUGGUCAUCUGGGGCCAAGGGUGAAAGGUCAUGUGGGAUUAACCUGUUGCAGGAAUACUUGAAAUAAUGUUAACCAGCAUCGACUAAAAACAGGAACAUAGAACUGAAGAAAAAGCGGGAGGAGUGACGUGAGCUGGUGACGUGGUGAUGUUCGUCAUGGCAACAGGACACGGUACAGCGUUACACACACGCUGUGAGGAUGCACUUACAGCUGGCUUCUCUCCAGCUCCUGUUAUUAAUGUCAUGAAACUAAACUGUUACAUUACUGUGUGUAUGUGUGUAUGUGUGUGUGUGUGUGUGUGUGUGUGUGUGUGUGUGUGUGUGUGUGUGUGUGUGUGUGUGUGUUUAGAUGUCCAUGUGCCUGCUUUUAACUUUUUGUUUAAUUUUUUUAUACUCACUGGGAAACAUUUCAGUAAUUUGCUGCUAUUGAGUUUAGAUAAAGUGUGUGUGUGUGUGUGUGUGUGUGUGUGUGUGUGUGUGUGUGUGUGUGUUCAGCCACAGAACAACAUUUUAUUAUUUCAUCUGUUUUUGAGAAACACACUGAGGUCGAAGGGUCUCAGUGAUGUAAUGAAUCGAACUCCUAGGUAAUUGACUGAGGCUAUAGUUUUGCACUGGAUCUACAAAGCUAAUGUAGCUAACAAGUACUGGAAGCUAAUAGCUACCACUUUAGCAUUGUGCUGAAUUACUGCAAGAGUGACAAACACACUCCAUGUUCUAGUGUGAGCCGUUAUAUCAAACUCAGACCUGUUCAAACUCGGCCGUUAGGAACCAGAAACGGUUCUGAUGACUGAAGGAACCGCGACGUCUCCUAGCGAAGCGUCAUGCAGGAAAUGACCACCGCUGUAAAUAAACACAUAUAAUAAUAAUAAUAAUACAUUUCAGAGGUGUGUUCUGUGCCUUACUGAGAAAGCUUUUCUUUAAAUCACUGCACAUUCAUCCAUGAAACAGAAGAGUGAAAUGUAAAGGAGCAAAAAGAACGACAAUGAAAACAUUGCUAAUAAUAAAUGGUGUUGCCUUUAACGAGGAGGAAUAAUGGCCUUCACUCGCUCCGUGGUGUUUGUGAUGCCCAGAGAUGCUGUUAUUGUCUAACUCUCUUAAAGUUAAUGUAAAAAUGUUUCUGACAUUUAAUAUAAUAAUAAUAAUUAUAAUAAUAAUAAUUAUAAUGUGUACAGCUCAAAUAUUAGCUACAGAAUUAGCAUUAGCCUGUUAGCAUGGACCUAAAUCCCACAAGCAGGUGACAGACUUUUCACUGAUUGGUUGUUAACUGUAAGUAUAAAGUAUAAAGAUGCUCAGUGUUAAAUUCUCAAAUCUAAUCACACCUUCAGAUUAUUAUAGGAUUUAUAUUUCUGCAGUAACACGUGACCCUGAGGAAGACGUGAGCUUGUGGAAUCAACCCCAGAAACCAUGUUAGCACGCUAGCGUUAAUCCUGUAGCUAUGUGAGACGUUUAGCUUUCGCGCGUCCAAACGCGGCUGAUAUUCAGCUCGGUGAUGACGACAAAACGUUACAGAAACAUUUUGGAAAACAAAUUUACUUCUGGACUGAAAUCGUCUUUCUGUAACGAAUCUGGGAAGAGAAAAGAAAGAGAACUCCACCGAGUGACGUCUAGAUCGUUUACAUUUGACUAGACGUGUGCCGAUAAUCACCUGACCUUCUGUGACCUGACCUUUAACCCCCGUGUUACUGUUGAGAUCUUCUGUGAUUCAGAAUGUUGGUGUUUUUCCUCAGCAGCUGAUUUCCGGCUCCGGCUGGUGACGUCAGCGUCUGUUCUUCACACCAUAAACCAACAUGGUUUUAUUUAAACUGCAGAAUCUGGGUGGAUGUUUACUUCUUGUUUGUUUGUUCCUGCAGAUUAUUUUAAGGUGGAGGUCUGUGGACAAACCUGUACUGUGAAGCUGUAAAUAUUUCCAUUACUAUGUUAUUUUUGUUGAUUUUUUUAACACAGCAUGUAGAGAAGAAAUAAAACCUUACUACACGA